AUGCAUGAGCAUGCGAUUUCGCUUGACUUGAGCGACGACUUGGGCGCGUGCUCACCUGCAUGGCUGUUGUUUGACCUCAGCUACACUGUAAAGCACUUCAGUGAUGACUCUCGAAGUCGGUAUGAUUCUUGGAUCCUGCCAAUGAAUCGGCGGAUGGCUAUCAUGAUGACUCCUUGA